AUGAAAAGGCCUGCUGCGUUCAACAAUAGCCAGCUGCCUAAGCGUGGCAAGAAGCCCAUCUCCAUCGGCAGUUGUUGCAGUGGAUGGUGCAGCGAACUGAUCGCAGCAGACUCCCUGAAGUUGUGCUGGGAGUCUGAGUUUGCUUGCGACUGCGAUGCAAAUGUGGCUAAGUUGAAUGGGCACAUGCAUAGCCACAAGCGCUGGUUCGACGAUGUCUAUGACCGUGCUUUCAUGGCAGAGACGUGCUCAGUGGACUUUUUCAUGGCGGGGUUUCCAUGUCAGGACUUCUCGCUCGCAGGCAGCGGCGCAGGGAUAGCAGGCUCCAGCGGGAAGGUCUUGCUUCAGGUGGUCACCUGGAUCAAGGCCAAACAGCCUCGAAGUUUCCUGCUCGAGAAUGUGCAGGGGCUAUACCUAUGCCACAAGGAUGUUUUGCUCUGGCUGCUGAAAGAGCUAUCAGAUAUGAGGGAUGGACAGGGCAAGCCAGUCUACCGGGUCAAGUGGACAAUAUUGGAUUGCAAAACUCACGGUGGUAUCCCUCAAUCCCGUGAGAGGGUGUUCAUUGCGGGUGUGAAGCAGCGACAUUUGACAGGUUACAUUGAAUGGCCACAGGAGGUCCCCAUGGUGCCGAUUACCAAGUUCAUCAAAGGCGGGGCAAAGCCAGAAGGGAUCAAGUUUCCUGGCCUGAUGCCGACUGGUGAGGGUGCAAAGCAAAGAUUGACAGCGCAGCUCCAGAAGAUGCGUGCUGAAGGACUCGACCCAUUGAGCGAGCCUUAUGUGAUUGAUGUUGAUGGUUCCAGCAUUCACCUGCAGUAUGGCCUUUCACCGUGUUUGACCCGCACCCGCUGCGGCAACGGCGGCCAUUGGCUAAGUUGGAAGCAAAGGAAAAUGACACGAGAUGAAGUGUUGCUUCUGAGCGGCAUGGAUCCCAAACGGGUGCCUGAAGGGAUCAUCACAGACAAGAAUUUGUUGCGCAUAGCCGGCAACGCUGUGCCAAUACCGCUGUUGGCCCGGGUCAUGCGUAGUGUUCUUACGGCUGCAGGUCUGCUUUGA